CUCCGUUGUACCUACACGAGUGUACUUUUUAGUGGAGAUCUGACUGGAUUUCGCUGGCGGGCUCUGCAACUAAACUCACCUGCACGUUGUGGCCUCCGCGUUAUAACCUUUGGCUUUGAUCAACCCUUGACACCCGUCUUGGCGCACCGCUGAGAGUGCACGCAUCGACGACGAACCUCUCGCCAACCCUUCCCGAGGCAUCAGCGGCCCGGCCACAGAGGCGCAAGCGCAAGCGUCAGGACCCUGGCUCUGGUCUUUGCAGCCCCACAGCCGCCCUUCAGGCUCGCUGCCCGCCUCUCACGGCCUCGAGGCUCCAGGACGCUGGUGGGCGAGGCUGCGGCGACGACGUGACGUGACGUGACACCGGUCCCUCUCUUGCUUCCUCGGGCGAACGACACCGACGCCGCGAUCAUGGACUACAACCCAGACUUCGACAACGCCGACGAGCUCGGGGCGACGGUCAAGAUCUACCAUGCCGACAGCGUGCGCGUCAACUUCGAGCUGAGCAACGUCGACCUGUCGCUGGCCAACGCGGUCCGGCGCGUGAUGCUGGCCGAGAUCCCGACGAUUGCUAUCGACAACUGCGAGAUCAAGGAGAACACGAGCGUGCUGGCCGACGAGUUCAUCGCGCACCGCCUGGGCCUGGUGCCGCUCGACGCGCGCGGCGUGGCCGACCUCAACUACUCGCGCGACUGCGACUGCGAGCAGUACUGCGACAACUGCUCCGUCACCAUCGAGAUCAACGCGCGCUGCGAGGUGGACGACCCGGGCCACGUCAGCAAGUUCUACGCAAAGGACUUGUGGGUGGUGGGCAACCCGCCCAACAAGUACGUCGGCAAGCCCGUCAUCACGGACCCGGACGAGAACGGCAUCAUCCUGUUCAAGCUGCGCUACGGCCAGGAGAUACGCAUCCGCUGCAUCGCCAAGAAGGGCAUCGCCAAGGAGCACGCGAAAUGGUGCCCCGCCACCGCCAUCGGGUUCGAGUACGACCCGCACAACCGCCUCCGCCACCUGGACCUGUGGUACGAGAAGGACCCCGACGAGGAGUGGCCGCUCAGCAAGAACGCCGAGCGCGAGCCCGCCCCGCAGGAGGGCGAGCGCUUCGACUACGACGCCGUGCCGAACCGCUUCUACUUUGACGUCGAGACGGCCGGCAACCUGCCGCCCGACGCAAUCGUGCAGGAGGGCAUCAAGACGCUGCAGGAGAAGCUGGCGGGCGUCAUCCUCGCCAUCGAGAAGGGCGACGCCGCGGCCAAGGGCCUGGGCGGCGGCGAGGACUACGACAUGGGCGGCUCGGGCGGCGGCGGUGGCGGCGGCGGCGGCGGCGGCGAUGACUGGGCCGGCUACACCGUCUACGGCGGGAACAACGGCAACGUCACGAGCUACGGUAACGACGGGGGGUAUGGCGGUGGCUCCACGUCGUACGGGCACUAACGAGGCAUUGCUUCCUUCCUUUCCCUCUUCGCAUCACUUUCGCCCUCCUCCUCCAACACCGUGUCCCACCUGGCACACACCUAUUGCUUUGCUGUCGCUGUGAUAGAAUGGUGUGUAAGCUAGUGGUGUUCCAUGCUUCCUUGGGGUCUUGGGGGGUGUGAGCAAGCCGCUCCGGCUGCGGUCAUGGCGCCACGCGGGUGCCUCUUGCAAAGGAAUGGCAUAAAUCCGGGUUCCUUGCUUCUUUUUCUCUUCUUUUUCCCUUGGGGGUGUCUGGCGUAUGUGGCUAAAAAUCAGAAUGGCGAUAUCCUGACUAGAGACGACGACAUUAGAUCCUGGGGUGGUGGCUACGUCUGGUAUGCUGCUGGUUGAUUCGCUAUUAUAAUCCAUCUCUUUUUUUUUUCGUCUUGGAAACCGGCCCCGGUGUAUUGGGAGUGUUUGUUUUUGUGUCGACUCUUGUUUUUCAUUCCUUGCCCGGGCAUAAGACACCUCGUGCCCGCUGCCCACCGUCGGAACGCAGUCUUUAGACGAAGCAGUUUCAUGAGCAGUCAUUUCUGUAAACACAGGUCUAUCGGUCUUCGGAGUGGGCACGAGCAAUCCAAGCGCCUGGGAAUGAGAGAAAAAUGACAUAUAUAUUUAAGUCCUAUGCUAAUCCAACGCCGAUGGCAUGCGUUAUGCUGGCUGGUGCGUAUGUCUAUACUGAUGUGAAAACGCCCGGCCCGAGUCUAUUGUGU